AUCUGGGCGUCUUUAUCCUCAUGGCGUCUGAUGGCCUCAAGAAUGAUAUCGCCAACUUCCUCAUCGACAGAAGGAUGAUGUCCGGCCUGUGCCACAAGGGCGUCGUGGCGUACGGAGAUGCAGCCGCUUUGGUGCUGCAGAUCCUCGGGCGCGCAGACUCGUCGGGCCCCUUGUCCAGGAGAGGGAUGAGAGAGUCGGUCCGGAAGCGCGCGGCGACUCUCGCCGCCUCGCGGCCCGACGUGCACGACCUGAGGAUGGAGGGCGGGGCUUUCGAGGUGGACUUGUUCCCAGAUGUUCUGAACCAUUUCACGAAGUCCAGCCUCGCCGCGCAGGACAUGGACGAGAUCAAUGAGAUGGUCGGUCCGCCUUCGCGGCAGCCGACGCAGAAGAGGCGCUACGUGAGAACAUCCCUUGCUACUGGGGCCGCGUCGUCGUCGCAGGGGCUGGUCGGGGCCAUUGAAGACGCGCCAGCCGACGACGAGGGCGUUGUCGCAAUCCCUGCACGCCCGCCUGCGGCGGAGCCCUCAUCACUCGUCCCCUUCGACCGCAUGGACAGGGGCGCCCUGGCAGUUCGAUUGGAACAACGGGACGAGGAGGUUGCCCAGCUGAAGGAAGAACUCAGGAAGGUGAGGCGGAGCAGGGUGUUCUACAUGCAGAACGCCGAGGGGCUGGAGGUCGACCUCUACGAGGCCAACCAGGAGAUCGUGGCCCUGAAGGCGAAUGGGGGCGUCAAGGACAAGAACGCAGUGGUGAGCUAUGAACACCGCGCAGCUGCUGGCAAGGUCAUACGAUCCAAGGUCUUCUACUCCGAGCCAGAAGGGGUCGACCUGAGCCAGCAGCUGGAGAUCCACUUGCUGAAAUGCGACGGGACAAACUCUGAGCUCAUCCAGGAAAAGAAGGUCCACGUCUCCAUGGUCCACAGCUCCCUCUGCGACGUCUCCGAAGCGGCGGCCUGCCCUGGGGGCGUUGCCCCAGCGUCCGUCGCCGGGCACGUGGAGAGCCAGUCGGUUUCAGGAGACUUGCUCGCUGUCACCAAAGACAAUGGCCCCGAGGUUCACGCCUUCAUGCUGACCCACUUGCAAUCCGUCUACUGCCCCACGUGGAAGAGCAGGGCGUCGGCGUCCGACGACCAGAAGUUCUUCGCGUCCGUCUACGUGUUCGGCGUCGACGCUGGACCAGGCAACCAGUGGGCCUUGAAGCAGAUCAAGGAGGACCUGCGGGGCUCCUCCGCCCGCGUAAUGUUUUGCGCGGUGUUUUGUUUCUUGCAUCAACUGCAUCUCAUCGUGGAGGAUCUGCUAGAUCGCACGGAGGGGUUCGACUGGGGGCCGCUGAUGGAAGGCAAGCGCUACUGGGGCACAGUGGCGACGGUGGCGAAUGUGUGGCGCUCGUGCGGGGCCCCGGCGCGGAUCUUCCAGGCCGCCAUCGACGUUCCUGGGGGUGGCCUCGAUGUGGCGCACAGGUAUUUCAAGCAGAUGCCAGGGCGCCCCCUGCGCGGCCGCUGGGGAAGCGUCGCCGCCGUGGAGAGGUUGAUCAUAUCCGCCAAGACCUUUAUCGGUGCAGUGUUCAAGCGGGCCUUCGGCAAGGAUGAGGCUGGCCCCGCGGGGAGGGCCAAAGCCAAGGCGAAGCCCAAGGCGAAGGGCGCGGCCAAGGCCGACGCGCAGGCGAAGAGAAGGGCAAAGGUUGGUGACGACGAGGAGGCUGAGCACAGGAAGCAGCAGGGGGAUUGGAGGGGGACCGCCGUGGCCAUGACAGGCGAUUCGCUGUGGCUGGCAAUGGUCCACAUCUCUUACAUCGUGAAGCAGCCCCUCACCGAGUAUUUGUACUCCUCGCAAAAGAAGAAGGGGGAGUACGAGAAGCAGGACUUCCCACUUCUGCCCCUCCGUGUCCUGGAUAAACCCUGCGACGAAGACUCGGGCGACCGCAGGGCCAUUGCGCGGACGUUGUUGCGCAAGGACAGGGGCGACCUGGUAACCGUCAACGGCGACUUCGCAGCGAAGGCCAGGGAAUUGUUCAUGGACGAUUGGCGCGGCAUGGAAGCAUCGGGCCAAUGCAGCGCCCAACUGUUCGUCUUCUUGCUCGUCUGGCGGAGUAAGCUCCCGCAUGGCACGCAAGACUUGGAAGGCGCGAACUCGGUGCUGCAGCGGAUGGCCAAGCUGGCGCCGAAUCUCCACGUUCCCUUAGCCUCUGACCGCCUCCGCCUGAAGCUCGGGGCGCCUAUUCGGGCCAACGAAUGCGUGGACCUCCACCCCGCGAUCAUGAACCAUUUCUCCAAUCAGGAGUUCCACGACCGCUUUGAGCCCGUGGUGGUUGCAAGGGAACCCGCGGGCGCGGCUCCACCUCCGCCGCCCGCGCUCCCGCGCUACAACGCCGCCGUCGGGGCCGCGGCAAGGUGCGCCCACGCAGCGGGGCCGUUGAUGCCGAACUACAUGGAGAAGGCGUUCACGUUCGGUCUCGAUGCGGCCCAGGAACGUCACGCCUUCUUGAUGUGUUGGAGCUACCACCAGAAAGUCUCAUGUGCCACGGGCAAGCUGCGCCCGAUGGGCGGUGGCCACUGCAUAUUCCAUCUGGACAGGCCCGUCCGCAUCAUCUCGCUGACGGAGGUCGUCGGCGAGAUAGCGAUGGCGGGCAAGGGCAAGGGCAAGUUGGGACGAUGGCCUUCGGAUUUCGUCGGCGCAGCAAUGGGCGAUGUCAUGGAAGAUGAUGAAGGCGAGUACGAGGGCCCCGUCGGCGGGGGCGAAGGCGAGGGGGGCGGCGGUGAUUUGGCGGGCCAUCCCGCGGAGGAGAACUUGGAUGAAGAGGGCGCCAUUGUCCCCGAGCCAGAGGAGUUCGACCCCGUUGCAGACGACGGCGGCGACGUGGGCGUCAACUCGGACGACGGCCCCGAUGAGCACCCUGACGGCCACGGCCCCCACGGCCAUGGAGGUCCGCACCCUGACGGCACCCAGCGACGGGGCGACAGCCCCGUCGCUGGGCCUCCGCCAGCCGCCCCAGCGACGCCCCCUCUUGCCAGCGUGGCAAAUGAGGGUGGGAUUCUGGUGAGGCAGUCGCUAGCGAAGGCGGAGCUCGAGGCUGCGCACCGAAGGGCCGAAGAGAGGAGGGGCGCGCCGAUGAGUUACGGUGCGAUCGGCAUGGUUGCAAAGCCAGACGGGUCGUGCUCCUUUGUGCCCUGGACGCAGCCGACCAGGCAGAAGGCCAGGCCCGUGCGAAUCGACGGGGAAGGGCGGAUCAUGUCCAUGGUGCACUUCGCGCAGCCUGAGACCGAUUACGCGGACGUCGAGGUCAUCAUCGGGAACGCGGGUUUGGUCCAGCCGUACGCGCUGAGGAAGCACGAGAGACCCGCCGUGGACGCUUGGCUAUUGCUCCUUCAGAUGGAGAGGAACACGCGCUUCUUCCAGGGGCCACUCGCCCUGAAGGACAACAACCCCAGGCAAUGCGUGAAAUGUGACAUUGUGGGGCCAGAGGACGCAGGGAUCGACCUGGCCGACCCAACCGAUG